CUUAAACCAUGCAACGAGUGCAGGCACUUCGUCCAUUACUUCCAAAGGGACAUGUGACCUAUUACAAGGAUCAACUCUUGAUUACGAAAGGUGAAAAACAAUUCCUUUUUGAUUCGAAUGGAAAGAAAUAUCUCGAUUUCUUUGGUGGAAUUGUCACAGUCUCAGUUGGACAUUGUCAUCCAAAAAUCAACGCAGCUCUUACCGAGCAAGCACAGAAGCUUUGGCAUACCACGUCCAUUUAUCACACUGAACCAAUUUAUGAGUAUGCUGAGAAGUUGCUCUCAAAGUUCCCAAGCAAAUUGAAUUCAGUCUUCUUUGUGAACUCUGGAUCGGAAGCAAAUGACCUGGCUUUAGCUCUUGCUCGUAACUACACAGGACGAUUUGAUGUUAUCUCGAUGAGAAAUGGAUAUCAUGGAAUGACCCAAACUGUUCUUGGAGCAACUAAUUUGGGAAACUGGAAACCAGUUUUUCCACAUGGAUUCAACAUUUUUAAGUCAUUGAAUGCUGAUCCAUAUCGUGGAAUCUUUGGAGGAAGCAAUUGUCGUGACUCUCCAAUUCAAGUAAAGAACAGAAAAUGCGAUUGCAAGCCUGGAUCCUGUCAAGCUUCUGAUAAGUACAUUGAACAGUUCGAUGAUAUGCUUCUUCACGAUUUCUCUCAUUCAUCCGGACCAGCUGCCUUCUUGAUUGAAUCUAUUCAAGGAGUUGGAGGAACUGUUCAGUAUCCACAUGGAUAUCUCAAAAAGUCUUACGAAUCUGUACAAAAACGGGGAGGACUCGCUAUUGCUGACGAAGUACAAACCGGUUUCGGACGCCUCGGCUCUCAUUUUUGGGGAUUCGAAUCACAAGAUGCCUUGCCAGACAUGGUAACUAUGGCAAAAGGAAUCGGAAACGGAUUCCCAUUGGGAGCUGUUGUCACUAGUAAAGAAAUUGCCGACUCUUUCAACAAAUCUCUAUACUUCAAUACAUAUGGUGGAAAUCCAUUAGCUUCCGUUGUUGGAAAAGCUGUAUUGGAAGUGAUUGAAGAGGAGAAGCUUCAGGAAAACAGCGCUGUUGUUGGAGAUUACUUCUUGAAACAACUUGCAGCAAUUGAUGAUGCGACAAUUGGAGAUGUUAGAGGAAAAGGGUUAAUGAUCGGAGUGGAACUUAUCGAUGAGCAAGGGAAACCACUUGCCGCAGCCAAAACAGCAGCUAUCUUCGAAGACACUAAGAACCAAGGCCUACUGAUCGGAAAAGGAGGUAUCCAUGGAAACGUUCUCCGUAUCAAACCACCAAUGUGUAUUACUAAAAAGGAUGUCGAUUUUGCUGUAGACAUCAUUGCCAAAUCAAUUAAACAAUACAAAUAAUUUCAUAGGCGCCGUCAUUUCUUCAUUUCGAUAUUACCAAAUUCUUGUUUUUUGUUGUUGUUUCAAACUAUAAUUCAAAUAUUCAAAAUUCUUUCGGGUUCUAUGAAAUUAUUGUUCC